UGCGAGCCUUUUUUUUCUCCUUGCAUAAAUUAUGUUCAUGACGUAGUGCAAAAGGCCAAUUUUCGGGCAAUUUUGCGCGACUUUUGUGUCGGAAUGGGAUCGAACUGUGACACCUGAAGGAUCCCGGCGCUGAGGACAGAGUCUGAGGGGCCGUCGUCAUUAAAUAUUAAGAGAGGGAGCAGAUCCGGAGCCUCCUUAUCAAUGCAAAUGGCUCUUUUGUGCGCAGCCACAGAUCCUGUCUGGGAGCUGAGAUGAAUUUUUAAUUAUGUGUGACUGAAACAAACUGUGACACGGAGCUGGUUGUAAGAGAAUCACGGGGAAUAAGCUGCACAGACGCGGAUGCCAGGACAACAGUGACGGUGGUGGAGCAGAGAGCCAUGAACUCCCAGGAUCUCCCUGCCAAAGAUGCCCCACUCACUGUGAAUGAGCAGCCAUUCACUGUCUGACAGCAGAAGUCUUUUUUCAGCCAUUUAAAUCCUGCACUUUGAAAUUCCCUGCCAAAGACAACCAGGUCAUUGUGAUGUCCGGCCAUGAGACCAUCCGUGUGCUCGAGGUGGAGGUCGAUGCACCGCUGCCAUUGACAAUAACCAAUGUGAAGAGUGAAGGCAAAAUUGUGGAGGGAGUGGUUCGGGCCACAAAAGAGCAAACUGAGGGCGACGGCAGCACCCAGGAGGAACCCACUGUGCCCCAGAGCAGUGGGGGAAUAGUGCUGGGUGAGCAGCAGGUGGUGUCUGUCGAGGCUCCGACCCCCGCUGUCCAAACGCUGACCUCUGCUGUUCCCAUCAGUGUGUCCCUGACGCAGCCACAGGCCACCAUGCCCAUCACUGUACAAGGCUGUCCACAGGUGCUGACCCAGGAAAGUCUGGCCACGUUGAUGACCGGCAUGAUGGCCCAGACAGGGUCGCUGGGGCAGCCCCUGCUCAUCCCCCUGAGUAUGGCCGGCUCCAUUGGUGGUCAGGGGAGCCUGGCUCUUCUCACCCUCCCCACCACCAAUGUAGCGGCUCUCCCCGGGCUCACUGCAGCCAACACGGCUGCAAACCUCCUCAAGCUGCCCUUCGCUGGGCUUCAAGCUGCGACCGUCUUGAACUCUAUCCACCCCCAGCUACAAGCAAACGCUCAGACAUUGUUCCAGCCUCAAGCCGCCUCCAUGCAGCCGAUCCAAGCAGCUCUGCAGCAGGUGACGUCUCAGCCGACCCAGGUGACCAAUGCCCAGGUUACUGCCGCUCAGGUGGCGGCAGCCCAGGCUACCUCGGCGGCCACCAGCGUCGCUCAGUCCAACAUAUCUGUGGCAGCUCUGCAGACUGCAGGACUCUCCAUCAAUCCCGCUAUUAUCAAUGCAGCUUCUUUGGGAGCACAGCCCCAGUUCCUCAGUUCCCUCGCCUCCACCCCCAUCAUCACCAGCGCCAUGUCCAAUAUGGGGGGGAUCACGAGCCAGAUCAUCACAAAUGCCCAGGGACAGGUUAUAGGAACCCUCCCUCUGUUGGUGAACCCAGCCUCUCUGGCUGGAGGGACUGCGACGUCCACUCUCCCCCUCCAUGGUCUCCAGGUCCAGACUGUCACCCCGCAGCUGCUUCUCAACACCCAGGGUCAGAUCAUCGCCACUGUGGGGAAUGGACCGGUCACAGCUGCCACCUCUGCCGCGGUUCUGCCCAAAGCCGCUGCUCCUCCAAUGCUCAGCAAGCCUCACACACAGCCUUCGGUAACUACUGUCACUCAGUCUCCAGUUGUCAUCGCCCCGCAGCCGUCUGUUCUGAAGACCGCCACCACGCUCUCCCCCACGGUACCCAUCACCUGUGGAGACAUAGCAAAAGUGGGCCAGCUUGUCAGCAAACCCCAGCAGGUAGUCAGCAGCGAGGAGGGCAUUAAUCUGGAGGAAAUUCGCGAGUUUGCCAAGAAUUUCAAGAUCCGUCGACUGUCCCUGGGGCUUACGCAGACGCAAGUAGGACAGGCUCUGACCGCAACUGAAGGUCCGGCUUACAGCCAGUCUGCCAUUUGCAGGUUUGAAAAGCUGGAUAUCACCCCAAAGAGUGCUCAGAAGCUGAAGCCAGUGCUGGAGAAGUGGCUGGCUGAGGCCGAGCACUGGAACCAGAAGGGCCAGCAGAACCUGAUGGAGUUCGUUGGCGGUGAACCUUCCAAAAAACGCAAGCGGCGCACAAGUUUCACACCGCAGGCGAUAGAAGUCCUGAACUCUUACUUUGAGAAGAAUGCCCUACCGACGGGUCAGGAGAUCACUGAAAUUGCGAGAGAGCUGAACUACGACCGAGAGGUUGUGAGAGUUUGGUUCUGCAACCGGCGACAGACGCUGAAAAACACGAGCAAGAUCAAUGUCUUCCAGGUUCAGUAGCGACCUCGUCCUGGGAGAGUUCGCCGCUGAUCGUUAGUCCUUUUUGAAAGCAGAGCAUUUAAUAUGAAGACACAGAUGUAAAUAGUGCUGUAAAUAUGAUUUAAACUCUGUAAAAGCUGAGAGAAUAUGAACUUUUUUGAGAAAAAUAUGGAAAUACAUGAAUGAAGGUUUAUGAGAGAUAAGCAGAAAUAAGUUACUAUUGUGUUUGAAUUCAAAGUGCAUGGUCCGCUCAUCAUAUUUAAAAACAUUUUAUGAACUUUUGUACAAGUGGUUUUAUAGGCUGCCCUUCUGACUUCUUUCAAGUGGGCAAACAUUGAUUAAUAUUGAGUUUAAUCACAUUUUGACAUGAUGACUGACAUUCUGCUCUGAUGUGCUUUUACCACCACGGAUGGUUUCACAUGUUUUGCUCUUCAUUAACUUUAUAUUCACUCAGUAUUUGCACUGCAUGAGCAGUUCUGGAAACGAGUAAGAGACAGACAGACAUGAGACUGUUACAAGCUGUCUAAAGGAAUGCCAAAAAAUCACUUUGUCCUCGAAUUGACUCCGGAUUCUUUGGGACAAUCAUCAUUUCGAUAUUUGUUAUUGAUAAUCACAGAGAUUGAUUUAAAAACUCGUCAUUUCCUGUAGUUUGGCUUCGAUCGUUUCAUCCAGCAGUAUGACAGACGUCACAUGUCGGGCGUUCAUAGAAACGGUUGUUUCUGAUGUUCCACAGACAACAGAGAGGUUCCUAUCACAAUAAUACUGUGGCUCGGGCUCUUGACCUUGAUGCAGGCGCGUUUCAGUUUUUUCUAAAGUAUCGUUUCUCUUGCGAGUUACUGACUGUGGAAAAAUACUGUAUGUGGGUGACACUUGUGUGAAUUUAUUACUGUCUGUCGUCUUUUUAUGCGUUCUGUUUAAUGCGCUUAUCGUACUCUGAGAGUAUUUUGUAUUUUUAUCUGUUGAUUGUUCCCUUAAUGCUUCGACAGUGCUUCAGUGACAUUUUUCUUCUCUAGUUACGUAAUAUUUUCAAGAAAGGACCUUAAUUUGACCUGAGAUAUUUGUGCCAGACUCUUCCCUCAUACUAAACCUAAUAUCAGUCAAAUGGAUUUACUAAAUUUAAAAAAAAAGGAAGAAUUAACUGUUUUACUAAGAAGAUUUUAUGGUUGAUGUGUUCUGACUUUCGAACUGACUGAGUCCAGUGUGGAGUUAUAAAAUGUAUAGGAACAAGACUGUGGCAGUUCUUUGCCAACUCUUUAAGAAUUGUUUGCACUUUAGUGGAAGUUGAAGUGUUAUGGAUGGUGUGUAUGUGCAGUGCAAGGUUUCCGUUGAUGUUUUGUAAAAGAAUUUCAUUUCUGUGUUGUAAGAGUUUUUAAAAAGCAGGAGGCUUUGCUUUGCUACGUGUAUCAAUACAGGCAAAACUGCAAUCAUCUUCAACUAAGUUUAAUGUUCUUCUUAUGCAGAUGAAAUUUAAUGUACUGCAGUUUAAUUAUAAAACCGGUAUUUUUUGGGGAGUUUGUGAAUGAUACGAUAAAUGGUGCAAUUUAUGUUCCACCCCAUAUUUGCCUUUUUAACAACGGUACAUCUACAUUGCAGUGGACUGAAAACAAUUAAUAUAACAUAGAACUUAAACAGGUUUUACCUUCAUGUUCAAUAUGGGAAGACAAUAUAUGCAACAUCCGUUAUUAUACUAAGAUAUCAAUACAGAAAAGAGGAGCUUAAUUAAAUCAAUAAGGUUUCAGCUCUUUGUUUUUUGGCAAAGCACAUAAGAAGUUAAGGUCUUAGUGACAUGAGGGAAAAAAAAGAAAUGUCAGAUGCUUUUUUUUGUCAUUUUUUCUCAAAUGAA